UCUGCCAACGCCUUUCCCUCUUUUGUCUGUUUGGGUGCGUAAAGAGAGCGUGCGUCAGGAUUUUGCUUUUGGUUCCUUCCCAGCAAGUUCACUUCUCAGGUUUCAGACUUCUGUCGGAGCAGCCGAGGCAUUUCCUCCUUUUGCGCUUACACUCUCUUCUAAAAUCUUCUGAAACAUAAAAAAUUGGAGGAGAAUCUGAGUCUACGCUCUUGGAUGAUGGGUUUACGGAUAUUAUUGGCUGUUCUUCUCUUUGGUUUCGGCCUGGCGAGCGUUUUCGCCGAUUCGUCCACACCUGAGAACGUGUGUGAGUUGAAAAACGGGACAAGCUGUGAGGAAUGUCUGAAAAAUGUGACGUGCUUGUGGUGCAUCACAACAAAGUCAUGUGUAACAUAUCCAGUGAGAACCAUCCUCCCACCCCAUGCGCUCUGCCCUCUGAAUGAUGCACGAUGGGGACUCUGCUGGAUGAACUUCCAGAUCUUGAUAAUCACAUUGUCAGUGGUUGGUGCCAUUCUUAUCAUUGCCUUUUUGGUCUGUCUGUUCUGCUGCUGCAAGUGUGAGAACAUCGGAUCUAGCAGGUCUGAGGCCAAGAUGCAGCGGCAGGCCAAUAAGCUGAGAACCAAGCAGGACGAAAGGAGGGCGGAGAUGAAGCAGAGACACCAGGAAAUCAGGCAGAAAUAUGGUCUAAGUGGACAAAACCCAUACUCCAGAUUUUCUUGAAAUGGAUUUGUCAACUGAGAUUAUUAACUGCGGACAGAGGACAUCCAUGAGCUGUCUUGAAGUGACAUGAUUGGAGAAUUGUUGUAAUUGAUAUAAAAAAUCAAAUGUAAGAAAAGUAGUUUAAAUACAUCAGGGUCAUUUGGUCAAUGAAGCAUUCAAAGAAUCCUACAUUUACUGAAAUGACCCAAGAGGCUGUAACCAAAUGCUAGAAGAGAUAUGUAGUGUUGGUAUUUUUCCAAACACUUGUCAUUUAUCCUGUGACUCAAGAUACUAAUCUGCUAAUCUACUAUUUAUUUGGGUAUUUAGUCUAAUGGUACUGAAUGGAAGGAGUCCAGUCUGGCUGCUGGAAUAUUCUUUCCUUUAGCUUCUGUUGUAAUUGUACAUUUUCACAUUGUUUUUGCUGCUGAGAUUUUACUUUUAUCUUGUUUUAAAU